UUUCACCACAGGCUCUCUCAAAGUGGCUAAGCUAACGCUAGCUGGUAGUAAUGUAAUGUUCACGUCAUUUGUCCUUUUUGACUCUUGGAUGUGUGAAAAUGUCUGAGUUUAAAGCAGAAGAGAAGCCGCAGAGAGCAGAAGCUCAGCAGCUGCUGGUGAAUAAAGGAGAGUUUACCCCUGAGAAGCAGGAGUGGAGCUCCAGUAUGGACCAGGAGGACUCUGAGCCCCCACACAUUAAAGAGGAACAGGAGGAAUUGUGGAGCAGUCAGGAGGGAGAGCAACUUCAAGGACUGGAGGAGGAUGAUCCCACCAAGCUCCCAUUCACACUUGUCAUUGUGAAGAGUGAAGAUGAUGAGGAGAAACCUCAAUUCUCACAGCUUCAUGAAAGACAAAGUGACCAGAUGGAAACAGGAGCUAAAGGAGAGGAUUAUGAAGGAGCAGAACAAUCCAGCAACCCAGAUCCAGAGACACAUUUACAACCAGCAAUUGAGGUCAAGACUGAAGACUCUUCAGAAGCUGAGACUGAUGACAGUGAAGAUUGGAGGGAGACAAGAGGUCAUCAGUCAGGUUCAAGCUCUGUGAAAAACAUAAAAACGAAGAGACUGAAAACUAGUAAAAAAUCACACAGCUGCUCUGAGUGUGGUAAAACAUUCAAAGCAAGACAGGAUCUGAGCAGACAUAUGAGAACUCACACAGGAGAGAAACCCUUCAGCUGUUUAGUUUGCAGAAAAAAGUUUUCCGUAAAAGGCUCUCUAAGCAGUCACAUGUUAGUUCACACAGGAGAAAAGCCAUUCAGCUGCUCUGUAUGUGGUAAAAAAUUUAACCUGAAAGGAAACCUAACCACACACAUGAAGGUUCAUAAGGGGGAGAAACCCUUCAGCUGCUCAGAGUGUGGCAAAAGGUUUAAAAUAAAGGGAAAUCUGACCACACACUUGAUGAUUCAUUCAGGAGAGAAACCUUUUAGCUGUACCAAGUGUGAAAAAAAAUUUACCCAAAGGUCUGGUUUGGCACUUCACAUGGCAGUUCAUAGAGGGGAGAAACCCUUCAGCUGCCCCAAAUGUGGUAAAAGAUUUUCCUGGCACAGAAAUCUGACUAAACACAUGUUUGUACAUAUGGAGGAGAAGCCCUUCAGUUGCUCUCAAUGUGGAAAGCAAUUUGGAGAAAAAAGGAUUCUAAUCAGACAUCAAACAGUUCACACGGGUGAAAGAGCCUUCAGCUGUCCUAUAUGUGGUAAAGGGUUUUCACAAAAAGGUAAUCUCAAACUACACAUUCCAACUCACAGAGGAGAGAAACCCUACAGCUGUACUGAGUGUGGUAAAUCGUUUAGUAAAAAGGCAUAUAUGACCUCACACAUGAUGAUUCACUCAGGAGAGAAACCAUUUAGCUGCACUGAGUGUGAGAAAACUUUUACCCAUAAAGCUGGUCUGGCAUAUCACAUGGCAACUCAUGGAGGGGAGAAACCCUUCAGCUGCUCUGAGUGUGACAAAAGAUUUUACCAUAAACAACAUUUGAACAUCCACAUGAUUAGUCAUACAGCUGAAAAACCCUUUUGCUGCUCUCAGUGUGGAAAACAGUUUGGAGCUAAAAGGCUUUUAGAAAGGCACAAUAAAGUUCACACAGGGGAGAAAGCCUUUGGUUGCCCUGAUUGUGGUCAGAGAUUUGCAUUAAAGUAUUAUCUGACACUUCACAUUCUAAAUCACAGAGGAGAGAAACCCUACAGCUGCUCCGAGUGUGGCAAAACAUUUAAAGUCAAGAGCAAUCUGACCCAACACAUGGUGGUUCACACUGGAGAGAAACCCUUCAGCUGUUCUGACUGUGGUAAAAGUUUUAGCCACAAGUCUUAUUUAAAAGUUCACAUGGCCCAUCACAGGGGUGAGAAACCUUAUAGCUGUUCUGUUUGUGGCCAAAGAUUUUCUUGGCAUCCACAGUUACAAAGUCACAAUUGUGUUGGAGGUCAGGUGUCAGAGCCUGAACAAAUCCCAACAGGGGAGAAAAGUGAGAUAGAAAGAAAAGCUCAUGGAGAGGACUGUGGAGGAGCAGGACGAGGAUCUUGAAACCAGAAAGACAUUUACAGCCAGAGACUGGGGUCAGCACCUUAGUCUCUUCUAAGGCUGUGGCUGAGGACGGUGAAAACUGGAAGCAGAACAGGGAGCAUCUUUCAGGAUUAAAUUCUGCUGAACAGAAAUUGAGAGAUCAGAGACUGAAAGAAAGUCACACAGCUGCUCUGAGUGUACUUAAGCAUUCAGACAGAAGUAUGGUCUCAGCACACAUGUUAAUUCACAUGAGAGAAACCCCUCAGCUGCUCUCUUUGCCAAAAGAAAUUUUACCUGAAAGGGACAAUGGGCAUUCACAUGACGAUUCACAUGGAUGACAGACCCUUCAGCUGCUCUGUAUGCAGUAAAGGAUCCACUCAAAGUCUCUCUUGACAACUCAUAUGGCGUAUCGCAGAGGAGAGAAAACUUACAGCGACCGUGUCUGUGACCAACCACUAUUAUGACAUUCACAGUUACAAAGACACAAGUGUGUAAGAGGUCAUUCUUCAGAUUUUCAUCAAAACCAAACUGAGGAUUUAAGAAAGGCAAACAUAGGAGCUGAUGGGGAGGACUGUGGAGGAACAGAACCAUCUUGGAUCUAGAGAGACAUUUACAGCCAGACACUGAGGUCAAGACUGAAGACAGUGGUGAUCAGCUGGAGACGAUAGAUCAGCCAGGUUUCGACUCUGAAAAACAUUAAAAGGAACAGAAUGAAGACUGAUAAGAAAUCAGAUCCCUGCUUUGCUCAUAACAGGACCUGCCCAGGUUUGGAUAUAUGUAAAACUUUCCCCACAUCAGAAUCACAAAUAUUUAUUUAUACAAGUCCAAAUCAAAUCAAACUGUCCAAAAUUAAUUUUUGCUCUUAAGCCCUAAAUAACUCAUGUACAGCAGCAGGUUUGAGCUCGAAAAAGCAGCUGCUGGCAUCUUCCAUGCACCUUCUUCAUCUUCCUCAGCACACCAAUGAAUCAGGUAGUGUGUCACUCCUGGGUCAUUAGUUGCACUGCUAACAUUUACUAACUACUAAGACUAUGAUGUAGAUUAUAUUCUUAUUUAUUUUUUAUUUUUUAUUUGGUGAAAGAUUACCACCUUUGGACCAGAGCAGUAGUUCUCAACAUGGGGCUGGCACUCAAAAGUGGGUCACUGAGCUGUUUUCAGUGGGUCACUGUUGUGUCCCUGGGGAUAAAAAUGUCAAAUGUUUAGAAAGUAGAGAAAGUGUAG